AUUAAAUAAACAACUAAAAUAAAUAAAUAAAUAAAAACUAUUUAAUUAUUUUUAUUUUGUAUUAUUAUUAUUAUUUCCUUUUUUUAAAAACAAUUAUCUUUCUAUUUUUUUUUUUUCAUUAAAAAAACAAACAAACAAUCUAAUAAAAUGACAGAAUACAAAUUAGUUAUUGUUGGUGGUGGUGGUGUUGGUAAAUCUGCCCUUACUAUUCAAUUAAUUCAAAACCACUUUAUUGAUGAAUACGAUCCAACCAUCGAAGAUUCAUACAGAAAACAAGUUACCAUUGAUGAAGAAACUUGUUUAUUAGAUAUUUUAGAUACUGCUGGCCAAGAAGAAUAUUCAGCAAUGAGAGAUCAAUAUAUGCGUACUGGUCAAGGUUUCCUUUGUGUUUAUUCAAUCACCUCACGUUCAUCAUUUGAUGAAAUUGCUUCAUUCCGUGAACAAAUUCUUAGAGUUAAAGAUAAGGAUAGAGUUCCAAUGAUCGUCGUUGGUAACAAGUGCGAUUUAGAAUCAGAUCGUCAAGUUACUACUGGUGAAGGUCAAGAUUUAGCCAAAUCAUUCGGUUGUCCAUUCUUAGAAACUUCAGCCAAGAUUCGUGUCAAUGUUGAAGAAGCUUUCUAUUCACUCGUCCGUGAAAUCAGAAAAGAUCUCAAAGGUGAUACCAAACCAGAAAAGAACAAGAAAAAGAGAAACCUUAAAUCAUGCACUCUCUUAUAAGCAGCUACUUCGAAUCAAAUAAAUAAAAAAAAAAAAAACCCCUUUUCUCUUUUUUUUUUUAUCAAUCACUAAAUUAAAUUAAUUAAAUCAAUAUCCUUACAGCAUCACACCCAAUUAGCAUCACACAAUACAAAUCACCAUCAUACUUUGGAUGUAAUAAUGCUAAUAACAUUAUUUUUUAACCAAAGUAAACCAUAAUCUUUAAAAAAAAAAAAAAAUUAAAAAAUAAAAAAAAAAAUUAUUUAUAAAUAAAUCUAUGUUUGUAAUUAUUAACCU